UGGCCAAAGUGUCCAAACCGGAGUCUGAAUGUGUUCAAUUGAGCUUAGUGAGACAGGAUGAAGGUCAAUUAGUAAUUUAACCCAUAACGAAGCUCUUUAUCAUAUUUACAUUUAUAGUUGAAGUCAGAAUACCAAGAAAAACACUUGGCUACAUGUGAGUGUAUGCCGGUCUCCGAGCGCGCUCCACGCUUGCGCUGGUGAUGCCAUGCCGCGAAGUCACACCAACGAAGAUAGCGGCACCGGGAUCUGGCUGAAGACCUCUGCUGGGAGCCGGACGCACGAACACCCGUUGAAAGAUGUGGAGUCUGGACGGAGGACGAUGAAUAACGCAGUUAGGGUCGGGGACGGUCUACUCUCUCCCCCCGCAGCAGGUGUGGCAGCAGCGGCGGCGGAGAGGAGUCAGGGCGCCCGGCUCAGCUUGCUGGGAAAGCCGCUGAUCUACAGCUCUCAGAGCGGCCGCAGGAACGCUCGGUACCGGCGGCUCCAGAAUUACCUCUACAAUGUGCUGGAGAGACCGAGGGAGUGGGCUUUUGUCUAUCACGCCUUUGUUUUUAUCCUGGUGUUUGGCUGUCUGGUUCUCUCUGUGUUUUCCACCAUCCCUGCUCACCAGGAAUUCUCCUCACACUGCCUGCUCAUCCUGGAGUUUGUGAUGAUUGUAGUAUUUGGCCUGGAGUACAUCAUCAGGAUAUGGAGUGCCGGCUGCUGCUGCCGCUACCGAGGCUGGCAGGGACGCCUCCGCUUUGCCCGGAAACCCUUCUGUGUCAUAGACAUCAUCGUACUUAUCACCUCAGUUGCUGUGGUUUCAGCUGGUAGCCAGGGCAACGUCUUUGCCACUUCUGCGCUGCGUAGCCUUCGUUUUCUUCAGAUCCUGCGCAUGGUGCGCAUGGACCGCAGGGGAGGGACUUGGAAACUGCUGGGAUCUGUAGUUUAUGCACACAGCAAGGAGCUGGUGACUGCUUGGUAUAUUGGGUUUCUAGUACUUAUCUUCUCCUCUUUCUUGGUCUAUCUUGUGGAGAAAGAGUUCAACAAGGAGUUUGACACAUAUGCUGAUGCUUUGUGGUGGGGCACGAUCACUUUAACAACAAUUGGCUAUGGUGACAAGACCCCACAGACGUGGACAGGACGGUUACUAUCUGCUGGUUUUGCUCUGCUUGGGAUCUCCUUCUUUGCCCUGCCAGCAGGCAUUCUGGGGUCUGGUUUUGCCCUGAAGGUGCAGGAGCAGCAUCGACAGAAGCACUUUGAAAAGCGAAGGAACCCAGCUGCCAGCCUCAUCCAGGCGGCUUGGCGUCUGUACUCCACCGACGGUGCUCGUCCCUACCUCAGAGCCACUUGGCAUCACUACCAAAGCGCACUCCCCCCCCUCAGGAAAGAGCAGGGCGAGACUACCUACAGUAAGGGUCUAAUUAAUGGGGGACUCUUCCGAAAGUGUUCUCGGAAAUUUAGCAGCCAAAAGCUGAGCUUUAAGGAGCGGGUCCGGAUGGCGAGUCCUCGAGGUCAGAGCAUGAAGGUUAGGCAGACAUCCAUCAAUGAUCGCCAGCGCUGUUCCCCUGGCAACGAGGUGGUGGGCAGCAGUGAGCUGAUGGGCGGGAGCCCCGCCAAGGUGCAGAAGAGCUGGAGCUUCAACGAUCGGACCCGGUUUAGGCCGUCGCUCAGGCUGAAGAGCCAGGCUCGCACUGCUGCCCCAGAUGUGGACCCAGGCAUGACCACAGAUGAAUCCUUUGAUGAGAAAGGUUGCCAUUGUGACGUGACUGUGGAGGAUCUUUCAGCUCCCUUAAAGGCUGUCAUCAGAGCUGUCAGGAUCAUGAAAUUUCAUGUAGCUAAGAAGAAGUUUAAGGAGACUUUGCGCCCAUAUGAUGUGAAGGAUGUGAUCGAGCAGUACUCUGCUGGACACCUGGACAUGCUCUACCGCAUCAAGAGCCUUCAGACGAGGGUGGAUCAGAUUCUGGGAAAGGGACAGAUUCCUGUGGACAAGAAACCAAGGGAUAAACUGCAUCCGGAUGGAGACUCUCUGGAGGGCAUGAGCAUGCUGGGACGAGUGUGUAAAGUAGAGCGACAGGUGUCCUCUAUUGAAACAAAGCUGGAUUCUUUGCUUGAUGUUUACCGUCACGUUCUACAGAAAGGUCCUUCAGGGCUCUCCCUCUCCUCUCUGCCCCUCUUUGAGCUUGAAAAUCACCAACACCCCAACUUGGACUACCCAUCCUCCCCCCAGAGGGGGGAUACAGUUAGAGUUCGAGGAGACAACGGUGGCAGCGGCAUACACCGUUCUCAUAAUGCCAACCCAAGAGGCUUGCGGCUCAUUCUGCCACCGGCCGACGACGAUUGUCCACCAGACUCAGCGCCUCCAUCCUACCCCCCCUCCACUGCCUCGCUCACCCCUUCACCUCUGUUACCUCCAGACAGCCCUUACCCAACCCUCGCCACCCCUUCCAAAAAAGCCCGCUUUCCUGAUCUGCCGCCUCCGCCAUCGUCAACCGGGACUUUCACUCUCCAGCUUCCUCCCAUGGUGCAACCCUCACACCUCCGAUGCCCCACUGAACCAAUUUCAGAUGAUAUUACAGAUGAAGUAGGAGCAGAUGAGCAGAGUCUGGGCCCUUCUGUUGUUGUAGGAUGCAGUGCUGAUGAUAAUGGUGAUGGCCCCGGUGAGGCAGGGUUUACAUCGGGUAGGGUGAAGCUGCGAAAGAAGUCCGGCUUGAAAUCUGAAGGGGUCUGGAGAAGGCAUUUGAGCCUUGAGGUUAACCCCUUGCUGCUGCUCUCAUCUAAUCCAGAGAGGAGGCCUACAGACUGGGCAGGCCAUCUAGGGAAAUCCCUCUCUGUGCAUAAUAUUAACCAGCCUCUAACCAAUCGUUCCCCUGGCCUUUCCUCCACACCCAACAACAGUAGCAGUAGCAGCAACGACAGUGAGCGUGGCAACGGCCACAGUGACCUCAGCAACUGGGACGGAACAGACCUCUUCAUUAGUGAGUGCAAGCUGAAGACAACAGCAGACCACUGCAACCUCCUGUCCCAGGGACCGGACAGCAGCCAAUCUGACAUUUUACAGACUGAGGAGGAAGAUGUACCUCACUCAAAGGGAAACUCUGAGUUCCUCAGUCAAUCCUCCCACUUACAGCUGGUGUAAGCACACUGACUGAAAAAUAAAACACAAACUGCAAACUGUAUGUACUGUGGCCAACCCCAGUUUUUAAAAUAUUUAUAUAGGGCACCAUGUGAAUCAUGCUCUGAACUUUACACUUUAUACAUGUGCAAACAUUGUUUUCUAUUUUGUGUUACAUGAAUAUGACCAUUUGCAUACAGAUUAUUUCAUAAAACACACAUUAAUGUGGCACCUAAAUGUCUGCAUACAAUAGAACUAAGAACUGUAACUAAUAGUAUUAAGUUCAACACAAGUGUCCAUGUUUAUGUUACACAAAAUAUGAAAAUUACAUAUACAGUACCUUGCAAAAUUAUUGAUGCUCCUGGAACUUUUUGACAAUUUGUUACAUUAAAAUCACAAAAUUAUAUGCAUUUUAUUGGGUUUUUUAUUUGACAGACCAUCACAAAACGUAAAACAGUGCAUAGCUUAAACUUUAAAUUCCAAAUUAAGUCUCAAAUCUAAACCAUUCCAUUGUAUCUCUUGCUGUAUGUUUAGGCUCACUGUCCAGCUCAAGUCAAACAUUUUUUGUUUUGGCCCCUGUUUGUCCAGGAUUGCCCUGCAUUUAGCUCCAUCCAUCUUCCCAUCUAAAGUGCCGUUAAAAAACAGUCUCUACCCCCUUACAGAUUUGUUCUGUUUUAAUGUUUGUCAACCAAAUUUUAAUCAGACAAGGAUAACCUGAGUAAAUUCAAAGAUUUUAAAUUUAAUAGGGUAAAAAAAAAAGUUAUCCGAACCAACCCUGUCCCAAAAGGUAACCUAAACCUAAGAGCUUCUUGUUGUGAUUGGAAAACAACUGCCACCAAGCAUUUGUAAUAACUUGUAAUGAGUUUCUUUUUUAAUAUUGCUGUGGAGGAUUUUUUAUUUCUAUUCCAGAUCAUUUUAACCCACUUCAUGCUGUCAGACAGGUUUUACUGAAGUCAUUUCUUGAGUCUACAGAUCAAGGAAUAAUCAGGCCUGGUAGAGUGAGUCAAAUUGAAACAGAAAAUGUGGUAAAUCACAGAUAAUUUUUGUUUUAACAAAGGGAGUCAAGUCUAGUUUAUUUAUAUAAUGCUUUUCAUCAACAAGGCACUCAAGGCGGCAUGAUUACAUUUUUACCCAGGGCUUAUCCUUGUCUGAUGGUAGACUUUUUAUGAUAUGAAACAUUUUAGUGUGACAAAAAAGGCAAAACACAAAUCUUUAUGAGGGCUUUUUCAUAGCACUUUACUCUGACUUCUGAAAAAAGAAGCCCCACAGCAUGAUACUGACACUAUCAUGUUGUACCUUGAGGGUGGUUUGCACUGUGCAUAGAGUCACGAAGGUUCAUAACUUCGCUAUAGCAUCUAUCACAUAAAUUCCCAAUAAAAAACAUUGAUGAUUGUGGUUGUUAUUCAAUAGAGGUGAAUACUUAUAGAAGGAACUGUCAAUAGGAAAAAGGAACCUUCCAGGAGAAAAUGCAACUCUCCUGACUUUUACACUCGUAUCAUGAACUACCAAAACAGGAUGGUAAUUUUGACAAAAGCUGCUUUAUUUGAGGUGACAAAAAAAACAAACAAAAAAAAACGUUUAUUUUUCUUGUAUUUGAAUAGAAUCAGAAUCUAGAUGAGGUAAGUCAAACUAUCUGGCUCUUCACUUGAACAAUUGAGAGUUCUCUUUCUUUUCAAUGUGAAUUUUUAAUUUUCUUAUGAAUCAAUCUGGACCUCAACGUAAACCAAAGAACUUAAUCUAGACUCAUCAGCAGAAAGGCAUGAAUCCAUUUUUUGUUAAAUAAGGAAAAAGGAAACAAGAAAAAAUACUUCAAAUGACAUCUUGGAAAGAUGGUUUUAACAGUCUAAAAUGUAUUUAACUGACAUAUGUGCCUGUAGAAAUCACACAUCUGCCUAAGCAGAUUUAUAUUUUGAAACUAGUGAAAACAGGUACAAGUAUAACCAUUAAUCACAAACACCAAAUAUUGUAAGAGGAGCCACCAAGAAUCAAAGCUAAGACUCACACCUGUUUUUGUUCUGUAUAAAUGCUUGUAUUUGAUCUUUCCUGCAAGACAAGCCAUUUUCUGUUUAGUUUGUGUUUUCCUGAAUAUAAAUAUAAUGUCUUUCCACACACACACACAUCGAUUCAAAAAUUAAUAAAGGUUUAAACAAGCGGUAGGCCUCCAGAAAAGGGAAACAACAAAUAAAAAAAUUUAAAAAAGUGACAGAUCAGACCACGUCAGUUAAUCACAUAAUACUGAAGUCUUUUGCUUAAAGGUUUGACACCCUCCCCCUGGUUUUGCACAAUAGUCCAGUGAAUUAAAUGCUAAUGUAUUGAAUGAUGAUUUAGCAGAGAUGACUAAGGAGACCUUCUUAAUUAUGCAUGAGAUGCUACAUGUGUGAAAGUGCCGAGGUCAAAGUCAGAAAUGCAGUUGCUGGUUGCCUGGAUGUGUUUUGGCCUGUUAAAAUGUUUCCUCCAAUUGAUUAAGCGAAAGAUGCAAAGACAUUCUGCCUUCUUGAACCUAAUUUACAUUUUGAUUAAUUUGGCAGUGUAUACUUGAUAAGAUAAUCUACUUAUUAUAUCAAGACAAUAUGUACAACACUUCAAUGGAAUCUUAUUCUUCCUAUUUUCUGCAGAAAAUAGAAUUUAGAGAUGCUGCACUAAUUCAAGAUCCAAUUUGAACAAUUAUUCGUGAAGGGAGAUGUUAUUGAACAAAAUGUGUGGUUUUGAAUGCAUGUUUUGCUUUAUCCUGAUUUUUUUUUCAUUUUUAAAUUCCACAUAUUCCACAUUAGAGUUGUAGAGAGCCAUCUUAAGUUUGGGGUUGGUGCAUUUUAAACAAUCAGCUGAUGCCCUUUAAGAUAUGUAAACAUUAGGGAAUCGUAAAAUUGGCCAAAUGAACUAAGGGUCACUGGCUUUUAAAAUCUUGUCAUAAUUAAUGCCUUUUUGUCUUCAACCAUAUGUCUGCAAAUGUUUUUUGUUUUUUUUAUUAUCCACAAUGUAUUUUAGCCAUUUUAUUUUAUUGUCUUCUACAUUGAUUUCCAUUUGAUUCAUUUUCACACAGUCACACUUGUCUUAAAAUAUAUUUUACCGCCAGUGAGUUCCUUUAUGGACAUUUUGAUUUCAUCUGCUUUAGCCCCUGUGUAGAAGGCAGAUUGCUAAUUAAUUUAAUAGUGAGAGUUAGAGCAAGUAUUAUUUUCAGAAAAAUGGUAAAAGUUAACAUUUGUGUGACUUUUUUAAAUAUUCUUUACCCAUAUAAAACGUUCAGAUACAAAGAAAUAUAUUUUCAUUCAACACAAACGGUACAGUUUCUAGUGAAUGCUAUGGGCCUGGCAGUGUGAUAUGGUACAUUCACGCCUGCAUAAUAUUGGAACAGAUUUGUUGUGUGUAACAGUUGACUGCAUAUGGAAAACUGUAUCGGCCAAUCAACUCAUUGAUAGCUGAGGAAUUAAAGAGGCUAUACUUCCCAUGAAACAUGCUAAUAUUUGCAGUCUGUAAAUUGCUUAAGGGUGCCUUUUUUUUAAUAGAAUUGCUUUUAUUUUGGCUCAUCACCUACAACCUAUUUUAUCAGAUCGUACUGAAGUCCAACUGCUCAUUUUGGACAAGGCAUCCAGUUGCAUUAAGUCAGGUGGCUUUAUGCCUGAGACUUUAUGACUUUAAUGGCCAAAAAUACUUAAUAAUUUCUCUACUGCUUGAACAGUAAUUUAUGACACAGCUGGCCUUAAAGCUUGAUAAUGUUAACAAUAUUAUUUUUUUGAAAUUAAUUUAUUAAAGUGCACAUUAUAUUCUCUGGAUGAGAAAUGCAAAGUGAUUUUAUUAUUCAUUAAUAAAGUAUGGAUUAACAAAACUG